AUGACUACAAAAAGAAGAAAUUUAGUUUGGAAAACUACAAAAGAUGAUGACAGAGCCAUUCAGUUUUACACAAACUUCCCAAAUUAUGAUGCUCUCUUAGCAUUUUAUGAGUAUCUGGAACCUAAAGUUGGCAAGUUGCAAUAUUGGAAUGGCAAAGAUCCUCCAGAUAGUAGGCCCUACCAAGAAAAUCCCAAGUCUAAACCUGKGCGGAAAAGAAAUUUAACUGACCUGCAAGAAUUUUGGAUGGUUUUAGUGCGACUUAAAGUUGGCCUGUUUGUGCAAGACCUAUCUGACCGGUUUGACAUAUCACCAAGACACUUCUCCAAGAUAUUCAGCACAUGGAUUAAUUUUUUGUAUUUAGAAAUGGCACUUGUAUUUCCAUUUCCUUCCCAAGCAAAUGUGCGGAGAAACCUACCCUUGGAGUUUUCACGCUAUCCUCAAACUAGAAUCAUCAUUGACUGCACUGAACUGUUUAUUGAMGUACCUUCCUCAAUGAAAGCUCAGUCGGAAACUUGGUCAAACUACAAGCACCACAACACUUUUAAAGUGCUUGUUGGUGUCUCCCCAAAUGGUAAAGUUACCUUUAUAUCUGAUUUAUGGGGAGGAAGAGUGUCUGACAAAGCUAUCACUCAAGAAUCAGGUGUUCUUGAUUUACUUGAUGCUGGAGACAAUGUUAUGGCGGACAGAGGAUUUGAUAUCCAUGAUAUUUUGCCUCCAGGAGUCCACCUCAACCUACCUCCAUUUAAGGGGACAAGACAACAGCUCACAGCUAAUGAAGUUGAAGAAACUGCAAGAAUAGCUUCAGUACGUAUUCAUGUAGAAAGAGCCAUUGGCCGAAUAAAAAACUAUCAUAUCCUCGAUGGAGUCAUGCCCCUAAGCCUGGCACAUGUUGCAGACAAGAUAUUUACUGUCUGUGCUUUCAUACCAAUUUCUUACCACCACUUCUUGAGCCAGCAGGUGAAAAGGCAAAAUAAUAAACAUUCCAGUAAGAAUGAUUAG